AUGACAUCCUCUUCGUCGACAGAACUAACAUUUGUCGACGACAUCCUCAUUGCCUACCUCUACGAACGCCUUGUCUUUGAGAUCACCCUCCUCCAUCAAAACACAACAGAAAAGACAACAAAAACGAACAGAAAUAACUUCAUCCCCAUGGACCUCAGCUCCAAGUUCGCCUACAUUGCCCACUACUACCUCCAACUGACCCUCAAGGACACUUCACGCCAAACCGGCGACACCAUCCUCCACCGCCUAAAACUCAACUCUCUCUCUGGCGUCAUCAACUACAUCGUCAGCUUUCGACAUCGCUACCAAGUCAUCCCUGAACACAUCGCCAAUGAUAUAUGGCUCGAUGAUGAAGCUAUAGGUGGUGACCAGCUGCCAGAGUGUAUCAGCGUCCCAGUGUUCCAGUUGAAGGAUAUUGUCGACAUGAGGAGAAAGUUCGCAACUAUAGUGCCAGAGCCAUACAGGGGGGAGUGGCAGAGGGAGAGAGUGGCCUCGAGUGCUAACCGGCAGUGCCAAGAGCAAGAACUCAUCCAUGUCAUCAAAGCGAUGACCCAUUCUGAUGUUGCAGUGCUCAGCUCAUCAUCUAAGGGCAUCAGCUUUUCCGAUUACGACCUGGAGUUGCUGAUCAAGAUAGACAAACCCAGGAACCUUCCUCCAGAGAUGGAGAGGUUGGAUGAAAUCGUCAAGUAUCUCUUGCCCAGUCUCACCCAAGCCGGGUACGAGACCAUCGAAAUCUCCAGACGCUACUUUGAGGGCAAGAGCGCAACCAACCCGACGUCUGUCUGCUUCCUUGACCCAAAGUCCAACCUUACCUGCCAAGUCUCUUUCGAUCAUUCCGCUGGCACCUCCAUACGCAAGCUCUUUCAAGCCUAUGCUAGUAUCGAUGAGCGAGUCGAGCCUUUUGUUUUCAUUGUUCAGGAGACUCUGAAUAGAUAUGGUCGCACCCAAGAGACACUCAGCAACCUUGCUGUCGCCAUGAUAGCGAUUAAUUACCUGCAGAAGGAGAGGAUCCUGCCCAAUCUGUUGAAACAUCAGGGUCGACGGGUUGACUUUGACUUUUACUCGGGACCGGUCGAAGGGAGGUUGCCAUUGGAGGAAGAGAUGGUUCGAGGCAUCGACAAUCGAGGUGUGGUGGCGGUCGUGGGGGGUUCCAAGAAAAAGAAGCGCCGUGGUCGCAGUAGAAGCAAAAAGUCGAAACCGUCGACGUCUUCAUCGCCAACCACCCAAACCACGCGUGCUCCAGGUACCCUUCAGUCUGAGGAAGACUUGGUCUUCAAGCGAUUGACAGAACCCACCCCGGGCUGCCGAAUUGUCUGCUACGACUUUGAUGAAGAGAUGGCCAAGAUCAAGUCGUUCGACAAGAGCCCUACCAAGAAGUCGCCUUUCCGCCUUGUCGUCGAUUUCUUUGACUAUGCGACCAAGAAAUUCAAGGACUGGGAUGACCUCCUACCACCCCCCGCGGAACCCCUCGCAAUGAUGAAUGGCGCCAAAGAUCGGAACAAGUUCUUUUCAGGAUUAAUUGUCCAGGACCCCUUUGUGUUGGACCGCAACCUGGCGACACUCACUACCGGAUGGAGGUUCAAGAGCAUCAGCGACGUCUUCCAACGGAUAUCGGCUGCAUUUUCCAACCUGUCGGCUCAUGCUAUGAAUGGCAGCGAGGGUGCUGAUGAGCUGGGUGAGGUGAGCGUAGAUGAGGCGGCCGCAGAGGAGCACUGUAAGCAGAGUGAGCGUAACAUGGACCAGUUAAUGUCGUUCCUGAAUGUCUACGAUGAGUAUGGCGAUGCUGUCGCAGGCCAGUCCACUGAGGAACUUGCCAAGGUGAUCUUGCUUGCGUAUGCUUAUCGGCUCAGUCCUGAUGAACAGUAG